UUGAUCGGUAGCGAUGUAGGCAGUAGGUGUUACCUCUGGUUGUUUGAUUACCUGUGGCAGAAGUUUUGUUUACUGCGUUGAUAGUUCGGUGAUAAUUAGAAUGGGCUAAACUUUGCUUAUAAUUUAUUUUUACAUUAUUUUUUAGUGUUAGGUUCAUUGUUAUACUGUGUUUGCAGCUAGGAUAAUUUAUAUUAAACAAUUUUUGCAUUAAUGAACUAAAAAUUGUCGUUUGACAAUGUACCCCGGUUGGAAGAUUUAAUGGUCCGAAAGACUCCCAUAGCAAACAGGUUGCGAAGUGGAGAUUCAUGAAAAACACUGUUUAGCGCAAGUAUAUAUUCCGGUUCCGAUUAUAAGCGAUAAACUUUGGUAUUAGGGUGUCUGCAUUUAUCGGUUUUGUUGCCACAAGUGGAGUGGGAAUGCGGUGUGAGCAUCCGUGGGAUGCUGUACGUCUAAUUGCGACGAGGACCAGCGGCAACACCUGAAGCGGACAUGAAGUAUUACUAAAAAGUCAGCGAGCCCUGAAGGACUGCCUUGGAAAUCACCUUCAAAGAUGCAACUCUUUCAAAGCAUUGUGAUGACUGGCACAUUCUUAAGAACCACUAAUUGCAUGCUGAUGUUUCAACAGCAGAGGGACAUUCCAGGAGUGCCAGGGGCGCUUUACCCACCGAACUGCUGGCGGUGUGGUAGGGAAUGCCGCCUCGCCAUUGGUGUUAACUGAGCAACAGCGUCAUGUCACCUUCGGGACACCUUUAAAUUCACAACCAUGUAUUUCAAAUGACAUGAAGACCACACAGAAACUGCUGUUAAAAUGAGUAUUUGUGACCCACUGCCCGGAAACAGGAGUUUCUGCAAGAGUGGCUUAUAGAAGUCGUCAGUGAUCAAUAAGCACAAACUGUGCAGUUCCAAGAAAGCAAACUUGGGGAAGAGUGCUUCAAUAAUUGGAAGAUAACAGUACCAGAAACUUUCUAAAAUAAUAAGUAAAUCAGUUAUACUCACCUGUUUCGAGAAUUAUCAAAAAGUUUUUGACAAAGAGCAGGGAGCAACAGAGACAUGGCUAAGUUUUGUGGUUACCCUGAUUAUAAAGCUGCACUUCAAUCAGCUGAUGCCAUACUUUGUGCACUUGAUGAUCUAUACUUAUGUGAGUUACAAUCGUAUGAUUCUGAUUUUAGUUUAUCAUUUGUGGAUCGUAAACGUUCUGAAUCACAAGGAUCCACUGUUGGAAGAAGAUUAGCAGUGUCAGGUCGUGGUGAUGAGCUUAGAGCAGCUAAUGCAUUGCUUAUGUUAACUAGAACUGACCAUGACAUGAGGCGAGCUCCACCACGCAUGCAGCAAGCUGUACAGCAGAAUCCUUCAAAACUGGAAACCGUACAACAGAGUCGCACUCAAUUUGGAACCCUGCAGCAGAGUUCCUCACAGACUGGGGAGACAAAUAGGAAUUCUCAACACAGAUCUGUGCAAUGGAAACUUGCACAAACUACUAAGGUACAGCAGAAUCAUUCACAAACAAGAAUGGUUCAGUGUAGUUCCACACAGACUGUAGCUGUGCGUCGAAAUCCUCCAAAGCAUCAGAUUACAAAGGCAAAUACCCCACAGACUAAACCUGUUCAAUCUUAUACAACUCAAACUAGGUCAACACAGCAGACAGUGUCACACACACAGGCAAGACGACAAGGUGUGUCUCAAUCUGAAAUAGAAAUGUGGAACCCUGUAGAAGUGUUUGUGCAGCAUGGUUUUCCACACUCUGAACUCAGAAGGUGGAGACGUCCUAAAACAAAGAACACACAUGGCUCAUCACAAAAAGAAGCAACACAGCAGACUGCUGCACGAACAGCACCCAAACAAGACAAACAUCCACAGACUAAAGCAGAACAACCCAACUCACCACGAACACCAAUAUUGCAACAGGCUCUCUCACCUGAGCAAGAGAAUUGCCCGCAGACUGAAUGGGAAGAUGUGGAUGUGGUAAUGGUACCAAUAAAUGAAGUUGUUCAGCACCUUGCACACCAAGAGGAAACAAUACCAUUACAAGUACAUACUUACAUCAUUAGUGCACUGCUGCAACAGUUGUAUCGGAAAGUCCUUGCUCAGUGCAAAAAUGGUACAGUAAGGCAACUAAUGUUGGAAAGAAGCUAUGAAUCUUACAACUAUUGUUACUCUGGAAACAUGCGUACAGCCAUUUCAGAGACUAACCCAGAGAGUAAAGAAUAUAGAGAGAAAAGCAAAGGUGCUGGUAAUACUGUCACAUUUGGAAACUCUCCAAGGGGAAGAUAUAAUGAACGUUCUUCAGGUAUCCAGGAAGUGGAAGGCUGCUUCUCCACUGAAAACCGAACAAAACGGCGAGAAUUCGGGUUCUUUCAAGCAGGACCACCACUGAGUUCAUAUGGAGUUCCUCCUCAGCAGCAAUCUCAGAGAAAACUAUCUCGUUCAUCGAGCCAAUGCAACCGCCACACAGAAGAUAUGUUACAUUUACUGAUGGUACUGUCGGCAGCACUGCAGUUGUUUGGUGAUAGUGAAACUCGUAACCCUAUGCCUGACAUCUUCAGAUGUUUGCGUGCAAAUUAUCCUCCACAAAAGCGGUCAACUGCUGUAUCCACUGAGGGAUUACAGGGCAAUGGAGAGGGAGGUCAGCAGCAGCAACAGCAUCAACAACAGAGUCAUCAACAGAAGAAACAGCGAUGUGCUAUUAAAAACAAGAAGCAAGAACAGGAGAAAGGAGGAGACAGCUCUGAGUCACAAAACAUCAUCUCACAUCCAGAUAAUACAUUUCCUGGCAGUGGUUAUGCAGCUACAAGGGCUUCAUCUGGAGCCAUUGCCAAGGAAUCUGAUGCCCUAAAGUCCAGUUCAUCAAAGAAUACUAUGCCAUCAGGCAGAAGAGGUGUAGAACGCAAAGGAAAGCAGCAAAGCCACAGCUUUGCAGGUAAGGAUCGUAAUAAAGAAGAAAACAACAGUGGAAAACGAGAGCUGGGAAAUUCUCACUUGAGUACUCUGUACUGUAGUAGUGUGAGAGAUAUAAAAGCAGAACAGCUGGAUAAGAUUCUUCGUGCUGCAGAAAGUACUAUUCUGGUUUGUGCUGACUGUGGGCCAAAACCAAAGAGAACAAGACGCCAUGAAAUGGUUCGGGAUUCUCAGCAAGCAGCACAAAAAGGAGUAAUGGAUGGUAAACGCCAGGAAAAUUCUGGUAUGCCAUUGCCUCAGGAUCAUUGUUGUGAUGAAGAGCCUGGUGAAUUGUAUUUGAUUGUGCCUGUACAGGAACGAAUUGAAGAACUUUGCAAGAUGUCAGUUGAGACACUGAUAGAGGAAGGCGUUAUUGCAGUUGUUGACCGGUCACAUCAGCAGAAAUCUUGCAAACAUGCUGAGACCACCACAGCACCCCAAGUGCCACAGCUGAACACUACUGAAUCGGGUGCACGUACACAAGGUAGUUCAUGCACUCCAUCACCUAAGAUCACUAAUGGUUCUGUUAGAUCACAUCGUAACACAGAACCUGCUAAUGCACGUACACAAGGUAGUUCGUGCACUCCACCAUCCAAAAUCACUAGUGGAUCCAGUAGACCACACCAUAACACAGAACCAGCUAAUGGACAACACAGAGAAACUGACCCCCGGGUGAAACAGACAAGAGCAACUGAUGCACGUGUGCCACGUGGCAAUGGCCCAGUUAGCUCCUCAAGUGUUGGGGGAAAUCCACCAACUGAAGAAAAAAAGGAACCAGUGACAACAGAUCCCUAUGAAAUGUUAAUGCAAGCACUUGAGCGCCGAGCUGUAGCCUUGCGCAAAGGUCGUUACAGGAGGCGUGCGGCUGAUACACGCGCACAACACAGUGGUGCCCAGAAUGUCUGUAGCACACAGAACCACAAGGACACACUGCCGGUGAAGCCUGCAUCACAGUGAGACUUACCAUUUGUUGAUGUCAGUUAGAAUAGGUACAAUUUCAUAUUACAUAAUUGGCUAUUUAGAGUGAUAACUGCAUUACAGAUGUGGCUGUACAUAUUUUCUUUUUUGUCCAAGUUUUGGUUGUAUGUUUCAUGGCUAAUUGGGCAGUAUUAUGUCUGGUACCCAUGUUGUGCUGUUUCAGUCCUGAAAUAUACUGCUUCAAUAACCUUUCCUCAUUAUACCCAUUUUGCUGUGUUCGAUAAUGAAUUUUUCUUUUGCAUAUCAAACAUGAUCUUGUUUCUUCUGUUCUGUGUGCUUAGCUUUCUAGUUUAAUUUGUAAUUUUAUUUCUUCAUUGGCUGUAGAUACCCUUAUGUAGGAAUUGCCAACUUCAAGUGUCCUCUUUUAAAUCUUUGUAACAGUGUAUAUAGUGUCCAUCACAGAAGUUCUCUUUCUUUCUUUCUUUUUUAUUGCUCUCUGUGCUUCCACUCAGAGUGUGUCCUCUUUAAAAUAGCAUAUAAUAGACACAAAUGAAGGGUCAGAAUAUACAAAAGUUGAAAAAGUCAGAAAAGUUGAAGUAAGAUACUGGAAUGCCUAAAUAGAAAGAAAGACACAUUAUUCAUUCUUCUAUAGUUGUUAUAUGAACUUGACAUUCUAUGGUACUGCUAAUACAAUUUCUCCUGCACUUGGAAAGAAAACAAUGUGAGUGAGAGAGAUGGGGAGAUGCGAGUAGGCUGCCCACCUAAAAUUCCUUAUCACGAUAUAUCCUCCACAUGCCAGAAAAGCUGUAGCACUCUGGUAAUGGGUUCAUCAUGACAUUUACAAAAUUCAUUUGAUGGUACCAUCUUCAGUCUUGAGUACUUUGUUUUCCACAAGGAAACAAAAGUAUCAGAAUUUGAGAAAUUAUUUGGAGUAAUAGGAAGGUCGUAGGGUUCUCCUGUAUUCCUCUCAUUAAUGAGAGCUCAUUUGGAGCCUUUCUAAAUUCUCAUAAAGAUAAGAACUUAUUAAAGCAGACUAUGCUGUAAAAUCUAUUAUUAAAAUGUAUGACCACUGCUGAGAAGUAAGCAGUUUCAUUGUUAACCAGUAGUAGACUUGUCGAAUGUGUCAGUUGUAGUUGGGUGUCAUUUGUUUUAAGAUGAUCUUUUGUAUCUGCACAAUCUUACUGCUUAUAUCUGUUAAUGAAACCUAAUUCGCUUGUGUCUCAUCAAUCCUGCUGUUGUAUGCGAGUUGUUUGCCUGUCCACGUCUUUUGUCUUUUUAAGGUUAAUCAUAUCUUGAUGUGACUAUAUCUGUGGAAAGUGUAAAGCUGCAUAAAUAUCUUUUAAAGUGCGAUUUGUUGGAAGACAUUCUGUACUGAAGUUAGAGGUAACAGUUCAGAGAGAAUUUUCAGUAUUAAAUGUAUGUAGUGAUCAUAUAUUAUUAAUGUGAAAUGUCUGUCUAUAUAUAAAGUAAUAUAUACAGAUAAACUUUACCUGUUCCUAUGUAUGUUAUGAUUUUUUGUCGUUUAUUAUUAAGUACUUGGCUCAUUGUGGUAACUCUGAAAGUGUAUUAAUGCGUCCUUUACAUACUUGGCUAAUUCAUAAAGUGCAUUGAUGUACCCUGCAAGUGUUUGCCUAAUUGUGAUAAUUCUGAAAGGGUAUUAAUGUAUCCUAUAAGUACUUGUCUCAUUGUGGUAAUUCUGAAAGUGCAUUAAUGUAUCCUGUAUGUAUUUGGCUAAUUCUGAAAGUGCAUUAAUGUAUCCUGUAAGUACUUGGCUCAUUGUGGUAAUUCUGAAAGUGUAUUAAUGUACCCUGUACAUAUACGGUUAACUCUGAAAGCGCAUUAAUGUAUCCUGUAAGUAAUUGGCUGAUUGUGGUCAUUCUGAAAGUGUAUUAAUGUACCCUGUACGUAUACGGUUAACUCUGAAAGCGCGUUAAUGUAUCCUGUAAGUACUUGGCUCAUUUUGGUAAUUCUGAAAGUGUAUUAAUGUACCCUGUACGUAUGUGGUUAACUCUGCAAGUACUUGGCUCAUUGUGGUAAUUCUGAAAGUGUAUUAAUGUACCCUGUACGUAUACGGUUAACUCUGAAAGCGCAUUAAUGUAUCCUUUAUGUACUUGACUCAUUGUGGUAAUUCUGAAAUUAUUCAUGUACGCUGUAUGUAUUUGGUUAAUUCUGAAAGUGCAUUAAUGUAUCCUGUAAGUACUUGGCUCAUUGUGGUAAUUCUGAAAGUUUAUUAAUGUACCCUGCACGUAUAUGGUUAACUCUGAAAGCGUGUUAAUGUAUUCUGUAAGUACUUGGCUCAUUGUGGUAAUUCUGGAAGUCUAUUAAUGUAUCCUGUACGUAUGUGGUGAACUCUGAAAGCGCAUUAAUGUAUCUCGUAAGUACUUGGCUCAUUGUGGUAAUUCUGAAAGUGUAGUAAUGUACCCUGUAUGUAUUUGGUUAAUGCUGAAAAUGCAUUGAUGUAUCCCGUAAGUAAUUGGCUCAUUGUGGUAAUUCUGUAUGUGCAUUAAUGUAUCCUGUACUAUUAUAUGGUCAUAAACUAUAAUUGCAAAAC